AUGGUGAACAACCACGAAGACCCCCCUUGGCUGCGAUCCGCACCUAUUCUUGUCGUGUCGAGAGACACAGACGAGAUGAACAAUCCGAAGAUAUCUAUAUCACCCGCUCCCACUAUCCUCAAACCCAACGCUUCACCUACAUCGCUCCCAGCUACGGCCCGCAGUUCUGACAUGGCACCACAAGCUGGCUUGUUACCCUCGCCUAGUGUUUCAGCUCCCGGCUCGUCGUCACCAAGUGUAACCGAGGAAGAAGAAUAUGUAGGAUGGAGACCGCAACAAAUAACUAUCCAGCAAGUCACACAGACACCUCCUCUUUCCCCUCUCGAUCUGGCCAUGUAUCCCGGGAUUCAAGCUCCGCAUGCAGCCAAUCCCGUGGAGGCACGAAAAGCGGUUACCGGCCUCAAGCCUCUGCGUAUACUCAGUACCCGACAACCAGGGGGCCCUGCGAGUGCUGGCCCUAGCAGACGCCCGAGUUUCGAAGUUAUGGACUCCAAUUAUAAUUCUUUUUCUAGAUCUGGUAUUAUGGGUUUCUUUUCGGCAGCAAAAAGAGCUAGCGUGGCAGCUAUUUCGGGACCACCAUCCGCGUCCUCUCGAGCAAGUACGCAGUCAAUAUCUGUAGCACAUACACCGAUACCCGUGUCGCCUCUUCCUCCUCCCCGUACCCCACCCCUAGUUCCUAAACCGUCACUGGCUCCCGAGCUUCUUGAUCAGAUGGAGCCGGAAUUGAGGGCUCAUCUUGAAGCACUCGCGGCACAAGCACGGGUCGACCCUCGUCUAUCUUCCUCUUCACGCCCCGUUUCUGCACCACAUCUACCCCAAACCGUUCCUUCAAAUUCCGCCGAAGAGGAAGAAACGAUCUUAGAAAUUCGAGAUCUAAAUACUGGGGAAAUCAUUAGAAUUCGGGAUUUAGAUGCCGUUCCAUUGGACAACGGGGCGAACCGUGAGUCUCAAUCUACGAGCCAGAGUUCACCAAACAUCUCAGACUUCAUGGUUAUUCGUGAUUUGGACGCGCAGCCUCGUACACCACUUCCCACACGAUCUCAACAAAGGAACAGGAUGCCGGAGCCAAGACUACUCACUCCACCGCACUCCUUGACCCUCAACGAGUCCCACUCCCCUACUCUCCUAGCCAUCCCUGAUGUUCACCAACCACGACAAGGAUCACCAGUCACGCCUUUAACCGAAGCCGUAUACGUAAAUCGAAGCCUCGAAUUGUCUCUUUCUAGUCUCGAAGAUGCUCUCUCUGUUGCCCGAAAACUUCAGUAUUCGACAACACCCUCUUCCACAUUUACGUCUGCCCUCAUACCCCAAUUUGAGGAACCUUUACGAGCCCAAAAGGUAUACACUCCCAAAACAGCACGUACGAUGAGUUCUUCGACGUCGAGCAUGUUUAGCUCGCGCAUGAAUAGUACACCUUUGACCACACCCCCAGUUUCACCCCCAUCUCUACCUCAAAGGUCAAAGGGGGUAUCCUUACCAUGUACGGUUUGCUCACGGCCGAUGCAAAAUAUGACGAGUACGCGUUGCGGACACGUCUUUUGUCGGGGUGUGUCGAGGGCCGAAUUCGAUGCCCAGCUUGCCGGGCUUCGAUGGAGGACAGUGACUUGA